AUGUCCAGCAUCAACUUUGACAAGAUGCCGCGGAAGCUGUGGGAGCAUCCUGAUCGCGAGAGGACCGUCAUGUGGCGGUUCAUGAAGGAUGCAAACAGAAAGUAUGGCCUGAGUCUACAGUCUUUCACUGAGCUGUACAAGUGGUCGUGCAGCCACCGCAGCGACUUCUACCGCCACCUCUGGGAAUUCGUGCCCUACAUCCACGAAGGCACAUACACGCGCGUCGUCGACGAAUCGAUCCCCAUAACAGAGCUGCCGAGGUGGUUUGAAGGCGUGCGCAUGAACUGGGCCGAAAACGCGCUCUACAGCCGAGACACGUCGUCGUCUUCUACAUCCCCAGGAGCCCUUUGCAAGCUGCAUAAAGAAGACGGCAGGAUUGCUUUCACGGAGGUGAGAGAGGGAAACACCGAGAUUCGACACGUUACGUGGGGAGAGCUGCGAAGACAAGUUGGCCAGCUGGCGGCUGCGCUGAAGGCGCAUGGCUUGGAAAGGGGGGACCGGGUGGUUGUUGUGGGAGGGCAUUCGCUGGGGACGUAUGCUGCGUUUCUGGCGACGCUGUGGCUGGGGGGCAUUGUGAGUUGCAGUUCGACGGAUAUGGGGGUUGGAGGGCUGCUGCAGAGGGCGGUUCAGAUUAAUCCCAAGUUUGUCUUCUUUGAUGAUGGCGCCUUGUACAAUGGCAAGACAAUCGAUCUCAGGGACAAGAUCAAGGGCAUGAUGGAGGGCAUGUCAGAGUGCGACCAGCUCAAGUCCUUCGUCGUCAUCCAGCGCUUCGCAAAGCCCCUCGACACAAGCGCCAUCCCCAAGACGCAGCGCCUCGAAUCAUUCCUCCAAGCAGGCGUCGACAAGCGCCCUCCCGCGUUCGUCAGGAUCGAGUUCCAAGAGCCCGGCGUCAUCGUCUUCUCGUCCGGGACAACAGGCACGCCCAAAGCCAUCGUCCACGCCGUCGGGCCCAUGUUUCUGUCGUCGAGCAAGGAGAACCACGUGCAUCGCGGCAUCGGGCACGACGACGUCGGGCUGCAGUACACCACCACGGGGUGGAUCAUGUACCUGGGGAGCAUAUCGUGCAUGGUGUACGGCGCGCGGUGCGUGGCGUACGACGGCUCGCCGCUUGUGCCUGAUGCGAAGGUGUUGCUGCGGGUGGCAGAGGAGCAGCGAGUGACGGUCCUGGGGGCCGGGCCGCGGUGGAUGGCGGAGCUGAUGAAGAGGAACAUUGUGCCGAGGGAGGAGUUUGAUCUGGGGAGCCUGAGGACGCUGGUUUCGACGGGGAUGGUGUUGCCGGAUCGGAUCUUUGAGUGGUUCUACGAUAGGGGGUUUCCGGCGAGGGUGCAGCUGGCGAACAUCACAGGGGGUACAGAUAUCGCUGGCGCUUUUGCCCAGGAAAACCCCCUGGAUCCCGUCUACGUCGGCGGCUGCCAAAACGGCUCCCUGGGCGUCCCCAUCGCCGCCUUCGACCACGACCUCCCCGACGGCAGCACCGGCACUCCGCUGCCCCCCGGCCAGGCCGGCGACCUCGUCGCCACGGCGGCCUUCCCCAACAUGCCCGUCUUCCUCUGGGACGACGGGCCCGGCCCGGCCCCGGGCCCAAAGUACCGGGCGGCGUACUUUGAGCGCUUCAAGGGCGCAUGGGCCCAGGGCGACUUCUGCGCGAUCCACCCCCUGACCGGCGCCGUGUUUCUCCUGGGACGGUCCGACGGGGUGCUGAACCCGAGCGGGGUGCGGUUCGGGAGCGCGGACAUAUACGGCGUGCUGGAGAAGUGGUUUCCGGACGAGGUUGCGGAGAGCCUGUGCGUUGGGCAGAGGAGGCCGCAGGAUGCGGACGAGCGGGUGGUCUUGUUUGUGCUGAUGAGGCCUGGGACGAGGCUUGACGGGGGGCUGGUGGGGAGGAUCAAGGGGGCGAUUGCGGGGGAGCUGACGAAGAGGCAUGUGCCCAAGUAUGUGUUUGAGGUCCCCGAGAUACCGGUUACUGUCAAUGGCAAAAAGGUCGAGAUGCCCGUCAAGAAGAUCAUCUCGGGCGAGACGGUCAAGCCGAGUGGCACGCUGUUGAAUCCGCAGUGCCUGGAGCACUUUUACCGGUAUCAGAAGAUUGAGGAGCUGGAGGAGCCGCGGGCAAAGUUGUGA